UGCGGUGUGGAUGGGAUGCAGCGUGUGGAGGCUGAUGAGCUUUUGGGAGACUGGGCAGAGCGACCAGAGAUGCGCCAGCUACAGAGGAUGAGGAGGCUUGCGGGGGCAAACUGCCUGCUCCGGAGACACAGCGCUACUUGGAGGAGCUCUACCAAAAAUGCAUCGUUUUCGGAAGUGCUGCAGCUGGAGGAUAAAAAGCUCACUGGUGUAGUUUUCCCUCUCCAGGGUCUAGAGAAGUAUCUAGCCUCGAACGUGAACACUGCAAGCUUCCGGACUUUCAACCCCGGCCUGGAUGAUAUCCACAGGGCAGAGGCGCUUUUCAAACCCUCGGGCAGACACACGAUUGAUUAUUUCAGUUCUGCUGUCCGCAUGGACCAUGCACCACAGCUGUCACAGCCUGAGGUGUGCUUUGUGGGCAGAAGCAAUGUUGGGAAAUCCUCCUUAAUAAAGGCCUUGUUUUCAUUGGCUCCCGAUGUUGAAGUCCGAGUGUCAAAAACUCCAGGCCACACAAAGAAAAUGAAUUUCUUCAAAGUGGGGAAAUACUUUACAUUGGUGGACAUGCCAGGCUAUGGCUACCGAGCCCCGCAAGACUUUGCUGACAUGGUGGAGGCCUAUUUACAAGAGCGUCAGAACUUGAAGAGGACGUUCUUAUUAGUGGACAGCUUGGUAGGAUUUCAGAAAGCAGACCACAUUGCCAUAGAAAUGUUGGAGGAGUUUGGGAUCCCUUACGUUUUUGUGUUAACCAAAAUCGACAAAGCUCCCAAGGGACUGUUGGUUAAAAAUGUACUGGAGAUCCAAGACUUCGCAGAGAAACACACUCAGGGGUGCUUUCCUCAACUCUUCCCAGUCAGUUCCAUAGAGUAUUCUGGCAUCCACCUGCUGAGGUGUUUUAUAGCCCAUGUUACAGGAAACCUUCCCAUGAUGAAUUCUUGACAGCCACAACUCUCCUGUUGUAUUCUACUCACCCAGCACAACAGGGCUUCCUACCUGGAGGUGGAAAGGACCUGUCCUUUAAGAAGUUAUGAGAGGAUGAUGCCUGAAAAGAAAGUCUGGUACACAGGCUGCGUGGAGUUAUGUGGUACCUCCACUCUAUGCCCCAAAAGGAAAUUACCCUAAUGUAAUCGAGCAGCAGUGACUACAAGCUGUGGGCUCUCCACCACCCUAUCAGUUCCUAGGAGAAAGAGCAGAUGAAAAGCUGUGACUUUGUGAAUGGUGAGAAGAUGACUGUUUUGACAGCACUUGUUAGUGGAGCACUCUGCUGGAAGAAUUAGUACUUACAUAGCAUCUAUUGCCUUAGAGAGCAAGGCCUGAGGAUUUCAAAGGGGUGGAGGUUACCUCUCCUUUUUGCACUGUGUACUUGCUUAGAACAGACUUCAUUGUGGACCUCUCAGGGAACAAACCAAAAUUCUAAAGUGAUGACAACUGACCAUAAAGGAGUGAACUUCCAUGGCAAAUGAGGUACAUGCUGCAUAUCUGGCCCUACCUUGUCCCUCAGUGGUAGCCUCCUAUUCUUCAGGGGCAUAUAACAGAUGUGGAAUAAACUUCUCACACUAAGUUGCAUCUGUCCAGCAAUGCCCACUAGAUGGCAUAGCUGUAGUGUUACUGAUGGGUAAGAUUUCCUUCCCAGAAGAUCGCCCAUUCUUAAGCUCCGUUUACACUGGUGGGGUGUGGAGUACUGGCUGUGUUCUCAGUUGUCACUGCAGGGGCUAGCUGUGUGCCAUGACAACAGGCGGGAGCAGCUGGAGCCUUUCACUGGGGCAGGGGAAGGCUUAAGUAGGAAGAUGUUACACUGCUAAAAAUAGCACUGUAGAGCAAGGAGGUAGGUGUGUGCGUGCGCAUACACACACACCCUACCUUUCCAGCCUGGGGGUUCAGGCAUGUGCUCUUCACUGAAGCAAUGCUGUUAUACCAAUGCUAUGUCUGUACUCUACAUGUGACUUAAGUGUAGAUUAAGAGGGUGUGUGGUCAAGUUCAUGUCUGUUCAUAAAAGGAAAUGCUUUACCUAACCUAA